GCUCCAUAGCUGACAAUGUUCUGUAAAAGAUCAAGAAUUCAUUUGGCAAAUGCAUUUGACAGAUUGACUGAUCUGCUUCCUUAUAAACAGUUUGGCGCGUUAAUGUUAUUUCGAAACAGUUUCUGUAUCGGUCACGUCACUUGCUGAAACCAAUACGCGCACCGACACGGGUUGUUGGUCUGUGGGCUUGACGCAUGCGCCGGCGCAUCGGUGUUGCCGGACCCAUCACUAAGUCAAGUGAUUUCCAAGACGGUGUUUUUCAACCCGGGUCCUCAAGGCGAACUGCCCUGCAUGUUUUAGACGUUUCCCUGCUUCAGCGCACAUGAUUUCAAUUGAUGGCUGAUGAACAGACUUCUGCCGAAUUGCAAACAUCCGAAUGGGAAACAUGUAAAACAUGCAGGUAAAUGUGCCUCGAGGACCAGAGUUGGGGAAACAACCAGAGUUGUUGACUUUACAUAAAACAAAACAAAGCAAAAAAAAAAAAAAAAUCUUGUCUCAGUUCUUAAACAUUCCCCGAACCCAUAAGAAUGACAUAUAGUUAUAUGCAACUUUGUGUGCGCGCGCGUGUGUGUGUACGCGCGCGCGCGUGCGUGCGUGUGUGUUAAGGUUACAUUUGCUACUUGCCGUAUGCAAUUAAGUGUUUCCAAUAAGCUUUAAAACUAUAAAACAUUAUUCCGUUGAAACGAAGCAGAAAGCUUAUACUGCGAAAAUAAAUCGGUUUCGAUUCCGGUCUGCUGCUGCUGCUGCUGCUGUCUAAAACCGGUCCCUCUUUUGACUGAGCUGGAUCAUCAGGUGGUCGCUGGCUGACUGGCCGAACUGAUCCCAGAACAGGCGGGUUUUUCAGCACCGCGGUCAGCUCCGAGCCCUGUCUCUCCCUCCUGCAGGCAGCGGAGCAUCAAUACAUCAUACAUCUGCGACCCCUCCCCUUUUAAAUGUGCUCUCCUGAUAAAUCCUUCUUAUCUGUCACACGCUGCUGGAGUUACAAGGAUUUGAACAUCACGCAACCAACAAGACUCAACAGUAUUUCCGGGUUUUUUUUUCUUUUCCUUUUUUCAAGCAGGGAUCGACUGCAGAUUUCCCCCCACCAGCAGCCUGUGGCGUUAAUCAGGCACCGUUUGUGCCUCUUUCCUUCUGUGGCUCCAAUUAAUGCAGUUUUAUUUAGCCUAACAGUAGUUUUAUUUUAGACUCCAGCAGCAUGUUGGAUCCGUCUUCCAGUGAGGAAGAAGGGGAUGAGGUGGUCGAGGUGGAGCGCAAAGAGGUGACCGCCUCGAAGAGCCUCGGAGGAGCCCGACGGCCACCGGGCCGAUCCGCCGACGAUCAUGGCGGCGGAGGGCUUCAGCCCCGGGGCCGCGGCAGCGCCGGUGGCCGACCCUCCAGCCCCAGCCCUUCGGUGGGCAGCGACAAGGAAAAGGAGGACCUGGAGAAGAUGCAGAGAGAGGAGGAGGAGAAGAAAAAGCGGCUCCAGCUGUAUGUGUUUGUGAUGCGCUGCAUUGCUUAUCCGUUCAACGCAAAGCAACCCACCGACAUGGCCAGGAGACAGCAAAAGAUCAGCAAGCUGCAGCUUCAGACCGUCAAAGAUCGCUUUCAGGCAUUCCUCAGUGGAGACACUCAGAUUGUGGCUGAUGAGGCUUUCAUCAACGCUGUCCAGAGCUACUAUGAGAUCUUCCUGAAAAGUGACCGUGUGUCCCGCAUGGUGCAGAGUGGUGGUUUCUCGGCGAGCGACUCUCGUGAGGUUUUUAAGAAGCACAUCGAAAAGCGCGUGCGCAGUCUGCCCGAGAUCGACGGCCUGAGCAAAGAGACCGUGCUGAGCUCGUGGAUAGCCAAGUUCGACACCAUCUACAGAGGGGAAGAAGACCUCCGGAAGCACCAGCAGAGGAUGACUGCAAGCGCUGCCUCCGAGCUCAUCCUCAGCAAGGACCAACUGUAUGAAAUGUUCCAGCAGAUUCUGGGGAUCAAGAAGUUUGAGCACCAGCUGCUCUACAAUGCCUGUCAGCUGGACAAUCCUGAUGAACAGGCGGCUCAGAUCAGAAGGGAGCUGGAUGGACGGCUGCAGAUGGCAGAUCAAAUCGCUCGGCUCGGAGGAAGGUUUCCAAGGUUCGUUUCCAGAGAGAUGGAGGCCAUGUACAUCGAGGAGCUGCGCUCGUCUGUCAACCUGCUGAUGGCAAACCUGGAGAGCAUGCCGGUCUCCAAGGGCGGCGAGUUCAAGCUGCAGAAGCUGAAACGAGGACACAACACCUCCAUUAUGGACAUGGGUCAGGAGGAUGAAAAUCUGCUGUCCAAGUCAGACGUGGUCCUCUCAUUCACUCUGGAGGUGGUGAUAAUGGAGGUUCAGGGUCUGAAGUCCUUGUCUUCAAACAGAAUAGUUUACUGCACCAUGGAGGUUGAAGGAGGACACAAACUGCAGACGGACCAAGCUGAGGCCUCCAAACCAAUUUGGGGAACCCAAGGUGACUUCACCACCACCCAGCCUCUGCCUGCUGUGAAGGUGAAGCUGUUCACUGAGAGCACAGGAGUGCUGGCUUUGGAGGAUAAGGAGCUCGGAAGGGUUGUGCUUCACCCGACUCCCAACAGUCCCAAACAGUGUGAGCUCCAUAAGAUGGCAGUGUCUAAAGGCUGCCCAGACGAGCUCAAGAUAAAACUAGCCAUCCGCAUGGAUAAGCCACAGAACAUGAAGCAUUGUGGGUAUCUUUGGGCCAUUGGCAAAAAUGUGUGGAAAAGAUGGAAGAAGAGAUUCUUUGUCUUGGUACAGGUGAGCCAGUACACCUUUGCGAUGUGCAGCUACAGAGAGAAGAAGGCUGAGCCAGUGGAGCUUCUGCAGCUGGACGGCUACACUGUGGACUACACCGACCCUCAGCCAGGUCUGGAAGGUGCCCGGACGUUCUUCAACGCUGUGAAAGAGGGCGACACUGUGAUAUUUGCCAGCGACGACGAGCAGGACCGCAUCUUAUGGGUGCAGGCCAUGUACAGGGCCACCGGUCAGUCCCACAAGCCGGUGCCCCCCACCCAGGUCCAGAAGCUGAAUUCCAGGGGCGGCACUGCCCCGCAACUCGAUGCGCCCAUAUCCCAAUUCUACGCUGACCGGGCCCAAAAGCACGGCAUGGAUGAGUUCAUCUCGGCCAACCCGUGUAACUUUGACCAUGCCUCCCUGUUUGAGUUAGUGCAACGCCUCACCUUGGACCACAGACUAAAUGACUCCUACUCCUGCCUGGGUUGGUUCAGUCCCGGCCAGGUGUUUGUCAUGGAUGAAUAUUGUGCCCGCUACGGCGUCAGAGGCUGCCAUCGGCACUUAUGUUACCUUAGUGAUCUGCUGGAGAGGGCCGAGAAUGGAGCCAUGAUUGACCCCACGCUGCUUCACUACAGCUAUGCUUUCUGUGCCUCCCACGUACAUGGAAACAGACCCGAUGGGAUCGGCACGGUGACGGUGGAGGAAAAGGAGCGUUUUGAAGAAAUCAAAGAGAGACUACGAGUGCUUCUGGAGAACCAGAUUACACAUUUUAGAUACUGUUUUCCAUUUGGACGACCAGAGGGAGCACUGAAAGCAACUCUGUCCUUGCUUGAACGGGUUCUGAUGAAAGACGUUGUGACACCGGUCCCACAAGAAGACGUCAAAGCUGUGAUCAGGAAAUGUCUGGAACAGGCCGCCAUAGUCAACUACCAACGCCUGUCAGAGUACGCAAAACUGGAAGGGAAAAAAAGAGAGAUGUAUGAGCAUCCUGUCUUCUGCUUGGCGUCUCAAGUGAUGGAUUUAACUAUUCAAAAUGUAGGCCGGUUAGUCACCCCUGCCAAAAAGCUGGAGGAUACUAUCCGUUUGUCUGAGCUGGUUAUCGAGGUGCUUCAGCAGAAUGAGGAACACCAUGCUGAGGGAAAAGAGGAGCUGUGGGCCUUUGCGUGGUGGUCGGACCUGAUGGUGGAGCACGCCGAGACCUUCCUGUGUCUUUACUCGGCCGACAUGGACGCAGCCCUUGAAAUCCAGCCGCCUGAUAGCUGGGACAGCUUCCCGCUUUUCCAGCUGCUCAACGACUUCCUGAGAGUCGAUUACAAUCUGUGCAAUGGAAAGUUCCACAAACACCUCCAGGACCUGUACGCCCCUCUGGUGGUGCGAUACGUGGACCUGAUGGAGUCGUCCAUCGCUCAGUCCAUCCACAGAGGCUUUGAGAGAGAGUGCUGGGAACCAGUAAACAAUGGCUCAGCAACUUCAGAGGACCUGUUCUGGAAGCUGGACGCUCUGCAGACGUUCAUCAGAGAUCUCCACUGGCCGGAAGAAGAGUUCGGCAAGCACCUAGAAACCAGGCUGAAGCUGAUGUCCAGUGACAUGAUAGAAUCCUGUAUAAAACGGACACGGGCAGCAUUUGAGGCCAAGCUGCAGAGAAGCAGUCGGACCACAGAUUUCCGCGUGCCUCAGUCCAUCUGCACCAUGUUUAAUGUCAUGGUAGAUGCCAAGUCCCAGUCGGCCAAACUGUGUGCCGUGGACCUCGGUCAGGAGUUUGUCAGACAAUGGAGACAAUACCACUCCCAAAUCGACCAUCUGAUUGAGGAGACAGUGAAGGAGAUGAUUACUCUUUUGGUUGCAAAGUUUGUGGUCAUUCUAGAGAGUGUGUUAUCUAAACUCUCUAGAUAUGAUGAAGGGACUCUCUUCUCUUCCUUCUUAUCUUUCACAGUAAAAGCUGCUUCAAAGUAUGUGGAUGUACCUAAGCCAGGGAUGGAUGUUGCAGACUGCUAUGUCACUUUUGUUCGUCAUUCCCAGGACAUGCUGCGCGAGAAGGUCAACGAGGAGAUUUACGUUGAGAGACUUUUUGACCAAUGGUACACCAGCAGUAUGAAUCUCAUUGGAACAUGGCUGACUGACCGUAUGGACCUGCAGCUGCAUGUCUACCAACUGAAGAUACUCAUCAGGAUUGUCAAAAAAAAGUACCGUGAUUUCCGUCUCCAGGGAGUUCUGGACUCAACAUUGAACUGUAAGAUGUAUGAGACCGUAAGAAAUCGACUGACCUUAGAAGAAGCUACAGCUUCGGUGAGGGAAGGAGGGAUGCAAGGCAUUACAAUGAGAGACAGCGAUGAAGAUGAUAAUGAUGACUAGAUCAAAGAUCCAGUUGCUACCAGAAUGUCAAAAUGGUAUGGAACAUUCCAGUAACCCCAAGUUGUCUUUUCUUGAGUUCAGAACAGAUUGUCCAGUCAGUCUGCAUUUUUUUUUUUUUUACUAAAUGUCACAUUCUAAUGGUCAAUUAAAAAACGUUUCUGUAAAAGUUAUUACAAAAUGAGAACGCUUUGUGCUGAUCUAAAACUGUUAUCAAAAUAUAAACAGUGCAUCAUCUCUCACUAUGCUGGCCAACCUUUCAUCGGUCUCUGAAACACAAAGCAGCUGAUGAAAUAUGAAGUCCUUUUCACCUGUUUCUGCUACUGAAACUUGAAAACCCCUUAAUAGCAAUCCACGAACAAGUGAUUGGUGUCUUUAAAAAAAACAACUGAUAAUUGAUAUUCAUCCCUGAAGUAAAUGGCUCGGCAGUUGUCAUGGCACCUAUUAUCAGUAAUGGAAAGCAUGACACAGUGCUAAAAAUGUUGAUUUAGAGGUCGUAAAGACUCGUCGCUUUCACUGGUAACUUACCUGAUUGACUCUCAGACCCGAAUCUCUGCUAUAUUUGCUUCAUUUGAUGUGAACAUUUGCCGUCUCAGAUGAGGCCCCCAAACCAUAGAAACCAUCAGGACUAAGUGUAACAGCUCAUAAACAACAGCUAGUUCACUCCAGAAAAUGUUAUAUUGGUUAAAGUAACUCCAGAGGAGACACACACAAAAAAGAAAUGAGUAACUUAGAUGGUAGACCUGACCAUAGGUCUCACACACAUUCAGAUCCUUCCUAACUUUGAAAGCAACAAAUAUCAAAACAUUAUUAAGGGUUGUGGUUGGAUUACUCAUCCAACUACUGAUGAGUGUGAAUAAUCCAGAAAAUGAAUUGACAGUAUUCAGCUCUUAGAUCAAAUUGUGACAAAAACACCCAGAGGUGAGAGAAAACUGUUCUCUUGCUAUCAUUUAUGUUUAUCAGACAUCUGUCCCCCUAGCAAGAUUUGGAAAAACGUCAACAAAAUGAGCGAUACCAAGUUUAAAAAAGAAUCUGGGACACAGAACCCAUCUCCUUCCUUUUACUGUGCUUUUCUUUGACAUUUAUGUCAAUUUUUGUGACAUUGUCAUACAGCCAAAAACGUAUAUUGUGAUCUUGACUUUUUAAGAACCAAACUUGAAUCUAUUCGUAUUUAAAGUUCUUUCAGCCAAAUUUCUUGAAAUUUCCCAACCAUGUUCAUUUAGUGAUGUGUCUAGUUACAGUUUAAACUAGAAAUUUACAUACAGCAAAUAAAAAAAGACAUACACAUUGUUUCUCACUGUUUGCAGCCAAAUCGGACCAAACCUCUCUUGUUUUGGGUCGGUUAGAAUUACAAAAAGUAUUUGUAUUUGCUAAAUGCCAGAAAGCUCAGCAAUAACAUUUUUCAAAUAUUGUUUUGUAACUUUUUUUUAAUUUAGAAGUUUAGUUAUAUCUGAUCAAAAUCAAAGACAUUUGUCUGGAAUCUGUAUGAAUUGGGCCAAAUCUUUUAGGACUCCUUCCACACUAAUUUGAAAGAGUUCUGGUUCAUUCUGCCUGAUAGAAAAGCAUAACUCUACCAGGUUUGUAAGCCGUCUCACAAAUUCUCCGCAGGACUGAGAUUGGGUCUUUGUGACGGCCGCACCAAAAAACUCUUUGUUGUCUUUGGCUUUUCUUCUGGGGUCAAUCUGCACAUUUUGGUCCAAAAGACAUCCAUCUCUGGGACACAGAACCCGUCUCCUUCCUGAUCUGUAUGAUGGCUGGACAUUCCCAUCAUGUCUAUACUUGCAUGUAAUUAAUUGUCUGAACAGAUGAACGCGACACCUUCAAGCAUCUAGAAAUUGUUCCUAAGGAUGAACCAGACCGGUGCAAUUACACAGUUUUCUUCUUGACAUCUUGGCUGAUUUCUUUUUACUUUCCUAUCGGAUCAAAGGUGAAAGCCGUGUGAUUCAGGUGUGGCCUUAAAAUACAUCCACAAGUGUCCCUGUGGGAAACCCAAAAGGUUUGACUCAAGUCGUGAAGUUUAAAAGACAAAUAUCAAUGAUACUGGGCUAACAUAUGUAAACUUCUAAGUUGCAAAAAUCUCUAAAAAUAUAUCCUGAUAAAGUUUAGGCAUUUAGCAGAUAAAUAUCAUUUUGGUAAUUCUAAAGACCCCCACAUACUUACAUUAGGGGAACAUCAACCAGGCGUUCUUAAGGCAGACUGAAUGCCGACUCAAAGUGGAUGUCCGGUGUAGCACAGCAAACUGCAGGAAAGCGUUUUCACAUUGAAUCGUUUUGUAUACAACCCUGAACUGAUGAGGUUGAGAGAGCGACCAGGACACCAAGCAGGUAGAUUGCCAUUACAGUGUGCUUUGGCUGCCCUGGUGGAGGAGAAACGGGGCUCAGCGCCCAACUAGAUCAUCAAACUUAUUAGUAUCCAUUCGGAUUGUGGGACUUGAAGGAAUUAGUCAGGAAGAACAUAAGCGGUCGGUAAGCUUGACUAUGAAAUCUCAACCGUCCACAGUGUGUGCAGAAUCCAUGUGGUCCACAGGAUAUACAAAGUAGGUCAAAGUACCGGAGCCUCAACUAUCCAAAAAUAAAAAAGGAUUGGUCCGAUUCAGCUUCAGUGAGGAAAAAAUUAUUAUUAUUUUUUUUUAUUUUAGAUGUAAAUAUUUAGUUCCAACUGUAUUUGAUAAAGUAAAUUCUAGUUUCAUCAUAGAAAACGUUUCUGGUCUACUUUAAGCGAGGGGUUGGGAUAGUUAAAAUGUUUUUCUUUUAUUAUAAAAUGAUUUAGGUGAUGAUGAUGGUUGAUUAAUGUGUGAAACGUUGAGCUUUUUGAUGUUAGCCUGACUUUCAUUUAAUUACAAACUUCUGUGGUUAAAAGUUGGUGAAAUCAAUUCCUUUGUUGAAGUUACAAAAUUUAGGUUAUGGGAAAUCAAUCUGGAGCCUGCACAGAUGAAAUAAAUUCAACUUCAUAAAAACACACUUUUUUUAAAGUCUGUUUCCAUUAGAUGUUCAGUUGUAUAUUUGGUUCGGACGUAUUUGUUCCUUGUAGCUGUGAAGUUAAAGUUAGAGAGAAAAAUCCUGUAGGAGUUUUGUAAUUGUAUGUUUUUUUCAGUCUUUCACAAAUAGAAAACAUCUCUUUCAAAAAGGCAACGUUAUGUAAAAUCUUCUCUUCAGACCUGCAGUUUCUAAACUUCGGCCUCACAGAGCUCUCCCCCACUCAGCUCCUUCAGACUAGCCAGCAGCAAUUAGCAAACACCAGGUGGAGCGCCGCCUCUACUGAGCUCAUAAAAGUUGCUUCUCAGAACAUCACCAUUAAAAACAUUAUUAAAGGGUUAAUAAAGGAGCCUUGUUGCGAUGACUUCCUAAAGGCUGAGUGUCAGAAAGAGCAGGAGAGAGACUGUCUUAAAGAGACAGAGGCCCAAUUUUAAAUGACAAAUGCUAUUAUCUUUGACGUCACAUUUGACAAAUAUGCAGCAUUUUUACAUCAACGGAAGAUUCUUGAUUGUGUUAUAAACUGGCACUAUGUGUCUGGAAAAUACACAACAGCCUUUACAUUAUUAAGUACAAGUAUACAAAUUAUAUUCUUUGAGUGAUGUUUUUAAAAGAAAAGAUACAAAACUUCAACUUCACAGUUACAAGACACAAAUACUUUGUGCCAAAUAUACCUUCAUAUAGACGCUGUGAAAUACUAAGUUAGGUCCGCAGGUUUUUAAAUUUGUUCUUGUAAGAACAUGUGACAACCUCUGCUUAAACCUGUGGCCAACAGUGGGUUUGUUCCGGGCACAGAUCCAUGGUUUAAUAGCAUUUUUCUCAAUUAGUAUUCUAACUCUAAACUUUGCUCUUGUGAUGUCGAUAUCACCACUGCAAAACAGGCAGGAAUAUAAUAAAUCUCCCUAUAAAUUUACAGAUAACAUUGAUUAAAAAUAAGCUGCCUUUUGUCAGAAAUCGUUAAACCUUGGAGAUGAUUGCGUCUGUGUUCUGUUUCCCUCCUUCUCCUGUCUUUUUUUAUUAAAUGGAUAUGUUAGCAAGGUAAUAUGAUUGGAAUCUUGUUUUUAUUACAUUAAUGUAUUCAAUUUUUUCACAUUUAUCAUUUGAAAGCAAAUGUCUUAUUUCAUAUAAAAUACCUUUUACAUGAUUGAAGUAGUUCCCAUUUCUGAUGUACAUUUUUCUACAUGCCCUUUGCUUCGUUCCAGGGUGUACGACGUGGCUUCCACGCCUUGUAUUGGAUUAUUGUAAGUGAAGUUUUGCCAGUAGUUUCCUCAUAUCAGCUGUUUUCUAACCAUGUUCUUCUUGAGCUUUGUGUCAUCCUGUGUAAAAGUACUGCAUGUAGCUGGUGUCCACGCCUCAAAGUGAUUUUGCUUCAUGUGUUGAAAUCACUGGAAACUUGGGUUUGGCCUUCUCGAAGUGCCCAUUAUUUCCGAGAACAUUUAAAUAAAAGGUAAAUAAAAUGUG